AAUACCGGAAAAGUGACUGGUUUGUUGUCAACUGCGGAAACUGUUGUUGUUGAUGUUUGCAGUUGUCAGUUGUUCAUAUGGAUAGGAAAUACAUUUGUAUUAUGGCAGUAGUAGGUGUAGUGUAUGUGUAUUUUGAAGCAGUAGGAACAACUGUCUAGACGGCUUUACGAAAGAACUAACAAUGAGGGUGCUACAGUAAUAAAGCUGUCAAGUUGGACCAUUGUAAUACAAUGUAGGAAUUGAGAACAAUGUAAUUUUCUUCCCGAUGAACAUGUGAUACGAGUAACCCAGUAGUGUGUUAUUGAAUUGAGACUGGAAAUGCUUACGGGCGUUAUGCCCGAGAAGAUCUAAUGCAAUUUCUUUUGUUUUGUGAGAAUACGUAAAUUUGCAGUGUGCCGAGUCUUGAAACAUAAUGUUAUCAAGACUACUGCUAUCAAGACUGAUUCUUCAUAGUUUUCACGUGUAGGAGAAACAGCACAUGAAUAAAAUUCCCCGCCAUGGCUACAUCAGUAGAGUUGGAGGAAUUCAUGUCGGCACCGCUAGUGAAGUGGUUUUACUCAUGUCUUGAAAAUGAAGGACGAGUUCCCAAUUAUGAAGAACUGGUUGAUGGUGUUGUGCUAUAUGAAGUACUUCUACAAAUUGACCCUGAACCUGUACAUCAUGGUGUUGUGCCUAGUGUGGGCAGUGCUGUGCAGAGAAUUAGAAACUUGGAUAUUAUCAUUAGGAACAUCAAGACACUCUAUGAGGAGGAGCUUGGUCAAAUUGUCUUGGUGUUGCCAGACUGUAUACAGCUUGGCCAAAAGCCAAACAGCAAAGAGGGUCUGGACCAGAUGAAGCUUCUGUUACUACUUCUUUUGGGAUGUGCAGUUCAGUGCCCUAACAAGGAAACAUUUAUAGAACGUAUCAGAGCCAUGGAUGUGACCUUACAGCAUGGAAUAGUUGAUUGCAUUAAACAGGUUACAGAAAAUCCACAAAUUGUUUUAAUACAAGAUGCUACAAGUGAAGUUUUUCCUACUGAUCUAAUGCUAGUCCAUUUAAAAAGGCUAGCAAAGGAACGUGAUGAGUACUUGCAGGGUUGUGUUGCAGCAGUGUGUAGACCCGAAGCCUCCCAGCCAGGUGAAACAACACCAAAAUUGUCACAACAGCUUUGCGGUGGUGAAACACACCACUUGGCAGUUGAGCUAGCAGAUUGGAAGUCUAGACUUCGGAAACAGCGUCAAGAAUUGGAAGAAAAAACUGAGGCUUUGGCAGAGGCAAAAGAAGAGCUAGAAUAUAACAAGGUUCUUGUAUCAAAGUUAAAGCUUGAGAUACAAGAAUUAGUGCAAGAUGCUAGAGCUGCUAAAGUGUAUAGAGAUGAGCUUGAUGCAGUGAGAGAGAGAGCAGAACGUGUUGACAAACUAGAGCAAGAAGUACAACGAUAUAGGGAAAAAAUGACUGAUAUAGAAUUUUAUAAAACACGUGUUGAUGAACUUAGAGAAGAUAAUAGAGUGUUAAUGGAAACACGUGAAAUGCUGGAAGAGCAGCUGCAGCAUGCUCGGAAACGUGGUGACCGGGUCCUUGAGUUGGAAGCUGAAAUUAUUAAGUAUCGUCAACAUGUUAAUGAGCUAACUCUAGACUGUGAAGCCUCAAAAGCUAAGUUGCAAGAAGUAUUUGAAGAGAAUGCACAGCUGCAGCUCCUGACACAGUCCUUCUUGAAUGAAAGCAAUGCUGGGUCUGAAACGGACAGUUUGGCAGAUACAAAUCAAGGUUCAGCAGACAAUAGUUUAUCAGAACAACUGAGCAGUAGUGCUCAGGCAAGGGCUCUGAAGCUUGAGCUUGAGAACAGGAGGCUCCUAUCAACUAUAGACAGUUUACGUGAAUCAUCAUUCCAUGAAACGAAUACAAAAAUCUUGGAGAUUGAAAAGGAAAAGAAGAGGCUGUCAUUGAAGGUGGAGCAAUAUCAGGAGACAUGUAAAAGACUUAACCAACAAACUUCUGAUCUGGAAAAACUUUUUAAAGAAUCACUUGCUGAAAAUAAAGAACUGCAGGAUGUAAUUAGUUCAUUAAAACAAGCUGCAGAUAAAAAUGGACGGGAGAUACAGGCAGAACGUGCAAAAGUUGAGGAACUCGAGAAGGCUGUAGAAAGUUUGUCAUCUGAAAAGAAACAAUUACUGGAUCAGCUGGAAAGUUGUAAAGAACGUCUGGAGGGACAACAGAAACUCAUAGAAUCAAUGGAAGAGAAACUAGCUGAUGCAAGUAAGCAAGCAUUAUUGUGUGAUAAACACAUAUUAGAAGCCAAAAGUGCCACAGAAAGAGCAGAGACAAGUGAGAAAGAAUCUCAGACGUGGGCAAAGGAAGUUGCAAAACUCAGAGAUCUACUGGAGGAAAAGGACAAAGCACUUGAUCAAUGUGCAGCAGAUGCUGAAUCUCAAAGAAAAGAAGUUACGAGGCUCACCAGAGAUCUGGAAGAAGCAUCAUCACAAAUAAUGAGGUUACUUGAGGUAGAAAGAGAGAGUCAGGAGUUGGCAAGUCGGUCAGCUAUUGACAGAGAAACAUUGUCAGCCCUGCAGGCAGAUUUAGUCCAGCAGAAACUUGGCUAUCAACAGUUACGAGCUUCUCUUGAAAAACUGGGGAUAGAAGUUGAUCGUCUCACCACUGCUGAUUCAGCACUUGAUAUAAUCAUCUCAAGCAGUGAUGUUAAGGAAGCAGUACGUGAACUUUUGCUGAAAGAAACUGAAGGAUGCAAAAAUAAUUGUAGUGGAGAACGAGAAAGUGUCAGUGAUCGUGCACCAGAAGAAAUGGCAGUACUUCAAGAAGAAAAUGCAACACUUCAAGUGGAACUUGCAACUCUACGUUCGCAAGUUACCUCGCUGUCUGCACAGCACACUGCAUUGCAGCUUGCAAAUUCACAACUAGUUGCAGAAAAGGAUGAGAUGGUAAAGGAACGUGGGGUACAACAAGAGCUACAUGAACAGCUGAUACGGGACCAAGUGACAUUGCAGACAUUGCAUGAACAUCUUUCGGAACAAUUUGAUAAAAUGGCAAUGGAACGAGAAUCACUUAGGGGAGCACAGCGUGAUCUACGAUCGGAGGUACGCUCAUUACGUGAGAUGUAUGGUCAGCGUGAGUCAGAUGCACAAGCUCUACAAAGAGAGUGUGAUCGUCUCAAGGCAGAAUCACGUUCACUCACAAACUUGAGAGCAGAACAUUCGAGUCUCAAGGAUGACUUCCGCAAUCUUUUCACAGCCAAUGAAAAACUGAAGCAAGAAUACAGAAAUCUGCAAGAAGAGCAUCGUUCUUUGCGAUCUGACAGUGGCAGCAUUAAAUUACGGGCAACAGAAAUGCAGGGUGAAUUGGCUGUGCUAGAAGUGGAGCUAGCAAAAAUGACUCAUAAGUGUGAGUUGUUGCAACAAAUGAAUGCCAGUUUGGAAGAUGAUCGCCGUGCUCUCAUGGAAAAUGUUUCUCAUAUGUUUAGUCAGUAUCAUGAACUUUUAACGCUUUCUCUUGAAGAUAAGGAACACUAUCAUCAAGAGGAAAAGAUAUUCACUGAUAAGUUCAACAACCUCUGCAGACAGAAAGAAAAACUGGAAGAAAAGAUUAUGGACCACUACCGGAAACUAGAUAGCUGUUCCUCCAAGAAGAAAGGUUUUGGGGCAACAUUAGUAAAACGAGUCAAGAAAGCAGGAUCUGAUUUAAUCAGUAAAGUCCCACGGUCGCGCCAAUCCUGGCAUGAGGAUAGCCAACAGGCAGAAAGUCAGGGGAGAAGCUCAGUAGGUCCUGAAUCAUCAGAAGGUGGUAAUGAUUCAGAUGUCAGUACAGAUGACAUGCAGUCUCAAAGAACACCUCGUACACUCGCUGACAAUUUUACGGAUAACACACUGAGCUUAGGAACAGCUGGAACUAGGAGAGCUGUGUAUUACACAGAAGAAAGUAAUGGUGUAAAGGAAUCUGGAAAUGAAAGCUAUGAUCAGGCACCAGAUGAGGGAGUGACUUUCAACAACAGCAUGACAUCAGACAAUGUGUGUCCAUCCACUCCACAACAGGAUCCCAGGUCGGUGUUAGUCUACAACAGAAUUUCUACUGUGAUUGGAGCUCCUGAAGAUAUAACAAAAGUUGGAAGUACAAGGGAAUUUCCUAGCCCAAGUCACAGUAGUUCAACACCAUACAAGCCCGAUGACAGCAAAAGAGCAGGCAGCAAAGGCAAAGGAAAUGCAGAGAAUUCCACAUGGUAUGAAUAUGGAUGUGUCUGAAAACAUUUAUUUGAUGUGAAAUUUGUAAGUUCCAGAACUGUACCUUGACGUGUGCUAUGAAUAGCAAACAAUAACACAAA